GAUUUGGAGCAAUACGUCAUAUAGACUUCAGUUCACGAGUGAAAAGUUAGACAACUAUUGUUUGCUAUCAGUGUAUUAAAUAAUGCCGACUGGUAACUUCGUUCCGUAAAAUGUGAAAAAUUAACAGAAAAAUCUAUAACAAUGAAUAAGGAAGCACGAAUUUCUUAUCAAGAAAUGGCGCAAUAUCGCGAACGGUUAGUCAAUCAGAAAGAAUUUUUGACUAACAUACUAUCUAAAAUCGAAAAACAAAUACUUGCUUUACAGGUUGAGCGAUUACAUUUGAGAAACACUCUACUUGGAACAGAACGUCCAGAGCAAGAAAUAUUGCCGGAUGUAUCAAUGGAAAAUAAAUAUAUAGGAACUAAGCAAAUAACAGAUGAUCCAAAAGAUCUAACCCAACAAUUAGAUUUAUCUGUAACACCGUCCAUAAAUAACUUUGAAGAAGAAACCGAAGAUGAUGAUCCAUUGAUUCUUUGGAUUUAACAUAACUUAUUAUAUAUAUAUAU